GAAGAAGGCAUGUGUUUUGGUUCUGAAAGCUGAAUCGUGCACACAUGCAUGGCUACGUUGACUGUCACUGUCAUAUCUCUGCGAGGGAUUUUGACAAGGACAUCGAUGAGGUGGUUGAGAAUUCCAAAAAGGCUGGGCUAUUGGCGCUAUUAGCUGUGGCCGAGCAUGCCGGAGAAUUUGAGAAGAUUAUUGAGUUGUCACAGAGGUUUCCAGGUUUUAUCUUCCCCUGCCUGGGUGUUCACCCUGUUCAAGAAGUGUCCCCAGAGCAACAGAGGGGGGCUUCUCUACAGGAUCUAGAUGCUGCUUUACCAAUAAUACAGAAAUACAAAGACCACCUUGUGGCCAUUGGGGAGGUUGGUUUGGAUUUUACACCCAGAUAUGUCAGCUGUGACUCUGAUAAAGAGAGCCAAAGACAGGUCCUCAUUCGUCAGGCACAGAUAGCUAAGGAGCUGGACCUCCCUCUAAAUGUUCAUUCAAGAUCUGCAGGAAGACCCACCAUCCAUCUCCUGAAGGAACAGGGUGUCGAAAAAGUCCUACUUCAUGCUUUUGAUGGGAAACCGUCUGUUGCCAUGGAGGGAGUGAAGGCUGGGUAUUUCUUUUCUAUCCCCCCAUCCAUAAUACGGAGUGAACAGAAGCAGAAACUUGUGAAACAGCUGCCAUUAGAGAACAUCUGUCUGGAAACAGAUUCACCUGCUCUUGGGCCAGAAAAGCAGGUGAGAAAUGAGCCCAAAAACAUCUGUAUCUCUGCUGAGUACAUCAGCAAGAUUAAAGGAGUGUCGCUGCAGACGGUGAUGGAGGUAACAACACAGAACGCCCUCCGACUCUUCCCAAAGAUAAAGACCGCCAUCAGACCCUGACAAAGAUCUGUAAACUCACGUCAUCUGGCUGGAAUGUUUUGAAAUGAUAUGUCCAACUAACUCGAUGUGGGAGUCUGACUGAACCAAGAUGCCACGAAGUGUAAGAAAAUAGAAAAAUCACAGUUUCAGAGGAAUGCAUUUUAAAGAGUAUGUGGACAGUAGAACUGUACUUGAAAGCUGAAAGACAUUUAUUUAUCUCCCUUAAAUCUUAAAUAAAGGAAGAAGAGAACUAUUUACCACACAACUUGUACAUUUCUCUUGUAGGUGAUGAAUCUCAAACAUCCAGCAUUACAAAAACAACAGCUGAUAUCAACUUCAGUCCUCAGUUGGAUGUCAUGUUAAGUCAAAAUGAUAACACAUAUCUUUCUUUUUAUGACCCAUCUACUGAUCUAAGUAGAGCGCUGAUAUCAAUGAGCUCAGUAAUUUACCUGGACACUUUUAUGACAUAUUUUAGUGUUAUGUUUCCUUCUUUUUUAUUAAAGUGUUUUAUAAUUUA